UAAGCAAACUGGAUACGUUAGGGUUCAAAUACUUCCACCAAAGGAAAAUGGGCACAGCGGGCGACCGCCUGUUGGACAUUCCCUGCAAGGUGUGCGGCGAUCGCAGCUCCGGGAAGCACUACGGAAUCUACAGCUGCGAUGGCUGCUCGGGCUUCUUUAAGCGGAGCAUUCACCGAAAUCGGAUUUACACCUGUAAGGCCACCGGGGAUCUCAAGGGUCGAUGUCCUGUGGACAAGACCCAUCGCAACCAGUGCCGCGCGUGUCGCCUGGCCAAGUGCUUCCAAUCCGCCAUGAAUAAGGACGCUGUGCAGCACGAGCGCGGUCCGAGGAAACCCAAGUUACAUCCCCAACUGCACCACCACCACCACCAUGCUGCGGCCGCUGCUGCCGCGGCCCACCAUGCAGCAGCCGCCCAUCACCACCACCACCAUCAUCACCACGCCCACGCAGCGGCGGCCCAUCAUGCGGCGGCUGCUGCAGCGGCUGCUGCGGGCCUACACCACCACCACCACGGCGGCCACCUGCCCGUGUCACUGGUCACGAAUGUAUCGGCCUCGUUCAACUACACACAGCACAUCUCCACCCAUCCUUCCGCUGCAGCCGCAACACCCGGUAGCUUCCACCUGUCGGCCAGUGGGCAACAGCAGGGUCCAGUUCCCCCGAGUGGCCACCUGCACCACGGAGCCGCGGGCCAUCAGCAUGCAACGGCCUUCCAUCAUCCGGGACAUUCUGGCCACUCGCUGCCAGCUACACAUGGCGGCGUGGCGGGCAACCCAGCCGGCAACUCAACCUCCAUCUCGAGUGGCGGACCCGGUCCCACGCUCCCCUUUCCGUCGCAUUUGCUGCACCACAACCUGAUCGCGGAAGCUGCUAGCAAGCUACCGGCGAUCACUGCCACAGCUGUUGCGGCCGUUGUGUCCUCCACGGCCACGCCCUACGCUUCGACCGCCCAGGCUUCUUCUUCCAGCAGCAACAAUCUCAACUACUCCUCGCCUUCGCCCAGCAACUCGAUCCAGUCCAUCUCAAGCAUUGGAUCAAGAAGCGUCGGUGGGGAGGAGGGUCUCAGCCUGGGCAGCGAGAGUCCGCGGGUGAACGUAGAAACGGAGACACCUUCGCCAUCGGCCUCGCCUCCCCUGAGUGCCGGCAGCAUUUCGCCGGCUCCUACGCAGACCACCUCCUCGGGCUCUCCGCAGCACCGCCAGACGUCGCGGCACAGUCUCAGUGAGGCCACCACUCCACCCAGCCACACCUCCCUGCUGAUCCGCGCUAACAAUAAUAACAACAACAACAAUAACAACGGAGAGCACAAGCAAGCCAGUUACACAUCCGGAUCGCCAACUCCCACCACCCCCACACCCCCUCCUCCGAGGCCAGGUGUCAUUACCUGCCCCACGACAACGAGCUCCAGCGGGUUCCUGGAGUUGCUACUCAGCCCGGACAAGUGCCAGGAGCUCAUCCAGUACCAAGUGCAGCACAACACGCUGGUCUUUCCGCAGCAGCUGCUUGACUCGCGGUUGCUCUCCUGGGAGAUGCUGCAGGAGACGACGGCGCGCCUGCUCUUCAUGGCGGUGCGCUGGGUUAAGUGCCUCAUGCCCUUCCAGACGCUUUCAAAGAACGACCAGCACCUUCUGCUGCAGGAGUCAUGGAAGGAGCUCUUCCUGCUGAACCUCGCGCAGUGGACUAUACCCUUGGACCUAACGCCCAUCCUAGAAUCGCCACUUAUCCGAGAGCGGGUGCUGCAGGACGAGGCCACGCAGACAGAGAUGAAGACGAUCCAGGAGAUCCUGUGCCGUUUCCGCCAGAUCACUCCCGACGGCAGUGAGGUAGGCUGUAUGAAGGCUAUCGCUCUGUUCGCUCCGGAGACCGCCGGCCUCUGCGACGUGCAGCCAGUGGAGAUGCUGCAGGACCAGGCGCAGUGCAUCCUCUCCGACCAUGUGCGGCUGCGCUACCCUCGCCAGGCUACCCGCUUCGGUAGGCUCCUGCUCUUGUUGCCGUCACUCCGAACCAUCCGUGCGGCCACCAUCGAGGCGCUCUUCUUCAAGGAGACCAUCGGCAACGUGCCCAUUGCGCGGCUGCUGCGCGACAUGUACACCAUGGAGCCAGCCCAGGUGGACAAGUGAACCAGUCCCGGACGGAACAGGCCUGAAACCGAACCAAAAUCGAUUCUGUAGCACCUAAGCGGCAUCAGCCUCUGCCACCUGCAAAAAUAUUUGUAUUCCAAAGCGACCCGAAAACCAUUCAGAUUGACUGUGAAGAGAAUUGGGAAAUUGGGCAGCAGCGCAGGUGCGACAGUUCGCAGGGCGCCAUGUAAUAGAUGCGUAUGUACCAUCCAUGCUCCUCCAUUGGUGCUUCUGUCCCGCGUCUGCCUCGGUCGCAGCCGUGCCCACACCUUGAUUUAUCGCAGGAAACGCGCUGCGCUCUCCUCGCUUUCGUUUCUUUUCUGACAUUUUUAUUCUUAUUUUAUUUCAUCUUUUUCCAGCGAUUUUUCUUUUUGACUGCCUGGGCGGCGCUCUUUAUUUAUCUUUCAUUCGACGUUUUGUCGUCGCUUUUCUAAAAAUUCCCCAUGUUAUUUCAACCUGGGAAAGACCUCCACCCACCAUCCGUCAUCCCAUUCCCAUGUCCUUACUUACAAAUCAGUCCCCUCGUUGUCGCACAAAUGUUUGACCUUUCGCGAGCGUUGGCUUUGGAAUACUCUUUAAAAUGGCGAUGAGGAUGUUGAGAAUUCUAGUGAUUUUGGGAAAAGUAUUUAGACCGACCUUGGCUUGUAACUCGGUCAUGUAUCUGAUAGAUGAAGAAGUGACUAAGCCAUCAAAUCACUUGCAGAUAAAACAAAAAACUUACUUGACAAGAUCAUUUCUAGUGUUGACCCAGUUUGUGACUCCGUUCCCAUUGUACAGGGUAUUCAGUCAUUCCUGAAAGCCUCGCCCCACUCGUAGACUCCUGAUUUAAUAAGACCGCCCUUUAUUCACGUGUUUUUCCAUUCCAUCCUUUUUCCUUUUGGCGUAACAUUCGAAAAACGCGUUUAGAAAUCGUGAAAAUGAAAAAACAACUUUGCCGCAGGUCAAGCGACCGAAUUUAUGUUGCAUGUUAUGCCCCCCUGUUACUGCUGGCCCGUUGGUUGCCUCCCCUGCUUGAUGCUUCAGUUAGUUUUAUCUAAUGCACAUAUAUGCAGGUGGGUGGCGCUAUAUACCCGUGUAACACAUCUGCAGUGCGCAUUGGAAGAGCUUCGCUGUGCAGGCCGAAUGCUUUGUAAUUGAUUUUUCACAUUGAUACUCGUAGCGUGGUAAGGACGUAUUUCAG